CUAGUUUUCAGUCUCUAACUUCCCCAAAGGUAUUUCCGGUUCCGGCUAAGAGCCGGAGAAGACAUGGCGGCGUCUGCGUCGGCAGCUGCCGGGGAAGAGGACUGGGUCCUUCCCUCUGAAGUUGAAGUAUUAGAGUCUAUCUAUCUGGAUGAACUACAGGUGAUGAAAGGAAAUGGCAGAACAAGUCCAGUGAGCAUCCCUCUACCUGCUUUACUGUCUCACCUCACUCCUCCCGAGCUUUCAAGCCCCUGCCCAGUCACACCCUGCGUCUUCACUUCAUCCACCUGCAGAUCUUCACCCUGGGAGAUUUUUAUCACUCUGCACCCGGCCACCGCAGAGGUCCAAGAUUCGCAGUUUGUCUGUUUUACUCUGGUGCUUCAGGUCCCAGUACAGUAUCCCCAUGAGGUGCCACAGAUCUCCAUCCGUAACCCCCGAGGGCUUUCAGAUGAGCAGAUCCACAAGAUCUCACAGGCACUGGGCCAUGUGGCCAAGGAGGGACUAGGCACAGCCAUGCUCUAUGAACUCAUUGAGAAAGGGAAGGAAAUUCUCACAGACAACAACAUCCCCCAUGGUCAGUGUGUCAUCUGCCUCUAUGGUUUCCAGGAAGAGGAGGCCUUUACCAAAACACCCUGUUACCACUACUUCCACUGCCACUGCCUCGCUCGCUACAUCCAGCACAUGGAGCAAGAGCUGGAGGCACAAGGACCCGAACAGGAGCCACAGCAUGUUGUCACCAAACAGAAGGCAGUCGGUGUGCAGUGUCCUGUGUGCAGGGAGCCCCUUGUGUAUGACCUUGCCUCGCUGAAAGCAGCCCCUGAACCCCAACAACCCAUGGAGCUGUACCAACCCAGUGCAGAGAGCUUGCGCCAACAGGAAGAGCUUAAGCGGCUAUAUCAGAGACAGCAGGAAAAAGGUGGCAUCAUUGACCUUGAGGCAGAACGGAACCGGUACUUCAUUAGCCUUCAGCAGCCUCCUACUACUCUGGAACCUGAGUCAGCUGUAGAUGUCUCUAGAGGAUCCCAACCAUCUAAUGCCCUUUCUGCAGAACAGUCUACUUCCCUAGCUGCCCAGUCAACUGUGCCAACUCUACCCAUGGCUACCCAGUAUGUAUAUGAGAAGAUUCCAGGGGCUGGCCCAAAUCAGCAGAGGCUGGGUGAGACUCAGAAAUCUAUGCUAGAUCCUCCACGAUCUGGUCGUGGCUCCUGGCGACAGUAUGAUCGGAGGCACCAAAAAGGAGGGGAGUACUGUGCCACAAAAGGUACCAGUAACAUCCAAGAACUGCCACCUUCUGGGAAGCCUCUCAAGGAGACUGUGGACUUAAAGCCAGAACCCCGUAACAAAGGGCUCACAGGUCUUCCUCAGGAAAAGGGGCCUGGUAGCUGGCAGGGCCCCACAGCUCGUUGCACUCGGGACUGUGCUCGCUGGGAACGCUCCAAAAGCCGUACACCAGGUUCUUCUUACUCCCACCUACCUCCGGGCCAAGGAGCAUACAGUGUUCUGCCUGCAUCUAUCCCAGUCCAGAAGAGGGCACCAGGCACAGUGGCCUGAUGAUCACCUUAGAGAUUCAACAUUGUCAACAGCCCCCAUGGGGUCAUUUUUAUACAGCAUGAAGUAGCCUUGCACCUGG